ACGACUCUCCUUCAUUACCCCCUACUCCAUCACCAUCACCAUCUUCAGCUGCCCCUGCUAGCGAUCACUUUAAACACAUACGCGAAAACACACGAGGCAGCUUUCAAACAUACAUGGCUUUACCCCAGACUACGGGAGGGCUCCCAACGUUUGGUCAAGGCUACGUGGCCGCGUCCUCAUCUUCGCCCUCAACUUCAGCUCCUAUAUCGUCCACGAGACAAACACGCAAAGAGAUCCUAAACUACUCGGCACCAUGGCCAGUCUAUGGUCUCGACUGGUCUAACCAGCCCACCGAGCGGGAAGCCCUUAGACUGGCCGUUGGAAGCUUUAUCGAGGAUGGUAGCAAUAAGAUUCAAGUCAUAACGCUACAGGAGUUCGCAGGAAACGAUGGCAAGGAAUACAAUCCCACCUCCAUGUCAGACUGGGUCGCCAUAGCGGAGACCAACCAUCAGCAAUACCCUGUAACUAAAAUCAAGUGGGAGCCGUACAAGGGAGGGCAUCGUAAGCCGUAUGAUCUACUGGCGACAACUGGUGACUACCUUCGGUUAUGGGAUCUCAAAGAUGACUCGGAACAUGACAAUGGCGCAAGUAACACGAUAGGACGGCGACAUCCACCAGUGAUGCGUCAGCAGCUGGCUCAAAGAGCUGUCCUUGCAAACACAAAAGCCAACUUUUGUGCGCCAUUGACCUCGUUCGACUGGAACACAUUUGAUCCCGCUCUGAUUGUGACUAGCUCUAUCGAUACAACAUGCACGGUAUGGAAUGUGGAAACUCAGCAGGCAAAGACACAGCUCAUCGCCCACGACAAGGAGGUCUACGAUGUCACAUUUGCGAACAACAACUCAGACAUUUUUGCCAGUGUAGGCGCAGACGGCAGUGUGCGUAUGUUUGAUCUCAGGGCACUGGAGCACUCGACCAUCAUCUAUGAGACGACUUCGUCCAUCCCAGGCUUGCAACCUAGUAGCUCUCAGAUUGCAGCUCAACCCCCAAUGCCACUACUUCGACUGUCAUUCAACAAAUUGGAUGCAAACUAUCUUUCAACCUUUCAUAUGGACUCUUCAAGCGUACAGAUCCUCGAUAUCCGAGUACCUGGAAUUCCGAUCUCAGAGCUACGUGGACACAAGGGGGCUGUCAAUUGCAUGGCUUGGUCUCCAAUCAGCAGCUCCGAAAUCGCUACAGGGAGCGACGAUCAUCAAGUAUUUAUUUGGGAAGUGAAUCAGAUGAGACACGACAGGGGCGAGGACCACCGCAACAGCCCGGUUCCCAGUUCGUCGACUCGGGUCUUGCACGAGCCCUUCCGAGCAGCCAAUGUCGGUGGUGAGGUUAAUCAGAUUGCGUGGUCGAGCGCAAGCCCAGACUGGGUUGCUGUUGGUUUCGGGCGGACUGUGCAGGCGCUGCGACUAUAG